CCAGGGUCUGGCUCUCCAGUUACGAAUCCCGGGCGCACUCCCCGGAAGUGACGUAACAAGGCACGCGUGGCGCCGGCCGGCGUUUCCGCAAACAGAAUCGUGGAUGUCUAUGUGGUGUUGAUUCAUGACGUUUUGCUGUCAGUUCAAGUAACCUGAAAUGGAAAGCUCUGCAAAAACAGAAAAAUAUGAAAAGAUGUCUUUUGACAAGGCAAAAGUGUCCAUGGAUUCUGAAACAGAAUCUCCUCCAAGUGUUAAUGAAUCCAUUGCUGCAUCUGGGCCAAGGCUUUCUGAGAAGACUCCUGCAUGCCAGCAAGUAGAGAAACCAAAAGUUAGGAAAGAGUUUGAAGGUGAUCUCGUGGAGGAAAAUUCGAGUUGUGUGGAGCACUCCCCAUCCAAGAAAAGAAAACUCGAUGUUGAAAACGAGGAAAAAUGCUCUGGUGAUGAUGGAGGUGUUUCAAAGAAAAGGAAACUGGAAGGGGGUGAUGUUCCCGAAGACGAGCCUUCCUCUGGAGGGACCACCCAGAGAAAGAGAAAACUACAGUCUGAGGAUGUUGCAGAAAAGCGGAAAAAACUGGAGGAAGGACACAGCUCUGCUGUUGCUGCCCACUAUAACGAGCUUCAGGAAGUGGGUUUGGAGAAGCGCUGUCAGAGUCGCAUCUUUUACCUAAGAAACUUUAAUAAUUGGAUUAAAAGUAUCCUUAUUGGGGAAUUUUUAGAAAGGGUACGGCAAAAGAAAAAUCGUGACAUUACUGUUUUGGACCUAGGAUGUGGAAAAGGUGGAGAUUUGCUCAAGUGGAGAAAGGGGAGAAUUAGCAGGCUGGUGUGUGCUGAUAUUGCUGAUGUUUCUAUGAAGCAGUGUCAACAGCGUUAUGAAGACAUGAAAGGUCGUCGUGAUAAUGAAUAUAUUUUUAAGGCAGAAUUUAUAACUGCUGACUGCUCAAAGGAACUUUUGGUUGAAAAGUUCCAUGAUCCAGAAAUGCGCUUUGACAUCUGCAGUUGUCAAUUUGCUUGCCAUUACUCCUUUGAGUCUUCGGAGCAAGCUGAUAUGAUGCUUAGAAAUGCUUGUGGAACGCUUAACCCUGGGGGCUAUUUUAUUGGUACCACCCCCAAUAGCUUCGAGCUGAUAAAACGUCUUGAAGCUUCAGAAACAGAAUCAUUUGGAAAUGAAAUAUACACUGUGAAAUUCCAGAAGAAAGGAAGUUAUCCUUUAUUUGGCUGCAAAUAUGACUUCAACUUGGAAGGUGUUGUGGAUGUCCCUGAAUUCUUGGUCUAUUUUCCAUUGCUAACUGAAAUGGCAAAGAAGUACAAUAUGAAGCUAAUAUAUAAAAAAUCAUUUCGGGAGUUCUAUGAAGAAAAGAUUAAGAACAAUGAAAACAAACUACUCUCAAAACGAAUGCAGGCCCUGGAGCAAUACCCUGCAAACGAUAACUCUAAACUGGUCUCUGAAAAGGUCGGUGAUUACGCACAUGCUGCUGAGUACAUGAAGAACAGUCACGUAAGGUUACCUCUGGGAACCUUAAGUAACUCAGAAUGGGAAGCUACAAGUAUCUACUUGGUCUUUGCCUUUGAGAAGCAGCCGUGAACAGUUAGUUGCCUCAGAGCAGCACUCCAUCCUUACAGAUGGAACAGACCAUCUCAGAUACAUUUGACAGCUGUUUGUUUAUUUUACUAGUAAGUUCUCAAUGUGUAGGAUGCUGCCAACAAGUCCAGUGUAUAGAUUUGACACUGUCUGUGGCAGGUUAGCUUUGUGUGUGUGUGUGUGUGUGUGUGUGUGUGUGUGUGUGUGUGU